AUGACUACGCAACCAAUAGUAACAGAAAACUACGAUUUUAAGGAUAUAUUCCCCACAUGUGUGAAUGAUUUUCAUACUCAUACCACUAAUAGCACAACUAAUGUUGAAUCUAAAAUUGGCAAUACAUGUUCAGUAAAUGUAAAAUCUUUAAAUUUUGAUGAGUAUUACAGAUAUUUUUUUGUAUCAAAUUGUAAGCAGCUUCUUCUCUACUUAAAUUAUAUAAAAAAUAAAAAUAGCACUACUGAAAUAUCACGAGGCUGUAAAUAUUUCAAUUAUAGGUUAAAAUAUUUAUUAAAUAUUUAUAAUUGUCCUGAAAAGAGCACUGUAAAAGCUUAUAAUAAAAUGAUAAUUAAAGAAAAUGAAAAUAUUUAUUAUAAUAUAUCUAAUAUAUGUGAAUUAUACAUUAAAGACAUUAGUGAUGAUAUAUUUCAAAAUUUUGAAAAAUUGAAUGAUCUAUACAAUGCUUUUAUACUACAGAGUGAAAAGUGCCCUAAGAAUAGUACAUGUUUUACAAAAUAUACUAAUUAUUCAAAAAAUUGUGAAAAUCUGAAUAAUAACAGUUAUUGUCAAGUUCUAAAUUCAUUUAAACUUCUCUAUAUUCAAGAUACUGUAAAUGAACAUAUCCAUAAAGAAGCUUCUGAAUUCACAGAGUCCUCAUCGCUUAUACAUAUACGUGCAGCUUUUUUAACUAUAACAUUCACAAUAUUUGCAUUAUCAUUAAUUAUAUUCAUUUUUCAUAAGAAUACGUCUUAUAGAUCAUAUCUACAAAAAUUGUUAGUGAAAAUAAGGAGAUUUAUUAAUAAAAAGGAUGAAGAAUAUCUUAUAUUCUUGGAUUCAUUGGAAAGCCCCUAUAAACCUUCUAUUGAUAAGGAUUACACAAUAGAAUAUAGUUCAGUACACUAUUCAUAA